AUCUAGUACUACAAUCCUAAAAACUUUUUCCUUAUUACACAUCUAAUAUUAUUAUUACUUUUUAACACAGACACAUAUGGCCAUCGCCAUCACUAUAAGACGAAAAGAAAGUCCUCACAGUUGCUAUCAAUCAUUAUCUUCGAUUUCUGUUAUCUAACUAAAAAUCUUAUCCACUUUCAAGACCGUCUUCCACAAACGACAAACACAGCUGCCAGCAAGGCUUAACCAACAGGCAACCAUGCAUACCAUCUACUAGGGCAGCAUUCCUCACUCUGCCUCCUGUGCAGUCCGGCGGUCACUCGACACAACAUCCCUCUUGUCUGCAGUGCAUUUCAAGUCAAGGAAGGCUUGAAGCUGUGCCAUCACUAAAUAGCCCCCUCCCGCAGAAUCAUGUCAGGGCCCACCGGUGGCAGAGAGGGUGAGGUUUAUGAUGAUGAUAGGUACAUCCACCGCAGCAAAAACUAUGUGCAGAACCGCAAUGCUGUGCAAGGAAACUACUUUCAAGAGACAGGUGGUGGUAACAGGAAUUACAUGGGGAAUGGGAAACUGAUGGCCAAUGUACGCUAUGCAAGAGAUGAGGAUUCCCCGGAAGAGGAAGAGGAGGGGGAGUUUGAUGAGGCGGAGGGGGCAGGGGGCUACUGCAGAACCCAGCAGGACGGUGCUGGAGGUAAGGGCUAUGGGGACAACUACUAUCGGAAGCAACGCCCAGAGGGAAGGGGCUACAGGCGAGGGAGGGAAGCAGACUCCAAUGACUAUGAGGAGAGGGAUGAGAAUGGCGAUGACUAUGAGGAGAAUGAGGAGUUUGAGGACGAAGGAGAGCCGGUUGACUGCAAUGUAGCUGUGGAGAACGAUGAAGAGUAUGAGGUGGUGGAGGAUGACGAGUAUGAGGUUGUCCAGGAAGAUGCUGAGUAUGAAGUAGUCAGAGAUGAUGAAUAUGGGGAAUAUGAAGUCGUUCAGGACAGAAGUAGUGAUUGUGGGGGGAGCGAAGGUCAGGUCAGGAUUUACAGCAGUGAUGAAUCUGAGGAGGAAAAUGAACCAGAUCACUGUCAAAAUGAGGUCUAUGAGAAAAGAAUACAAGAUGUGAACAAAAAGAGAGCAGAGAAAGAUGUAAGAAAUAAAGGAGCCAGAGAAGAGGAGGAGGAGGAAGAGAGGAUAGAAGAAUCUGAUGACGAACCGAUGGAAAAUGAUGUAGAGGCAGAUGAUGAACAGUCAGUGGAAGAUGAGCACCCAAGAGAUAAUGACACAGAGGAUUAUGAAGAUAAAGGUGAAAGGAAGCCUAUAAAGAGAGAAGGCGAAGACAUGGGCAAGCUGAACAAAGUGAAGAUAAAAAAGGAAGCUGCAUGUGAGGAUGACGCUAUGAGUGAUGAGGAAUAUGGCGAUUAUGACAACUUCCUCCCCCUCCAGUGCCUCGAAACUUCGAUGGAAACCCCUAAGGAUGAGGUGCCUAUUGUCCCCCCUCCAGAAGAGAAGCUCUGCACAUGCAGUGAGUGCGGGAAAGAGUUUACUCAGGAAAGUAAUCUGAUUGCGCAUAAACGAACACAUACAGGUGAGAAACCCUUUGAAUGUACAGUGUGUGGAAAGAGGUUUUACAGGAGUGAGUAUCUCACCAUACAUAAACGUGUACACACAGGGGAAAAACCCUUCAAGUGUGCGGAAUGUGGAAAGGGAUUUACACAAAAGAGUAGUUUAAACAUACACAAGAGGCUACACACGGGUGAGAAACCAUACGAAUGUUCUGUGUGCGGAAGGAAGUUUACCGCAAAGGGGAGCUUCGAUAGUCACGUGCUAAAGCAUACUGGAGCUAAGCCUUUCUUAUGUACAAUCUGUGGGAAGCGCUUUACACAGAGAAGUAGUCUGAACACUCACAAGCGAACACACUCUGGGGAAAAACCUUUUGCCUGUUCUGAAUGUGGUAAGAAGUUCACAACAAAAGUGAACUUAGAAGAACAUGAACUAUUACACAAAGGACAGAAACCUUUUGAAUGUGCAGAUUGUGGUAAGAAGUUCACUCAGAAAAGCCACCUGAAUAGUCACAGGAGAAUACAUUCAGGAGAAAAGCCUUUUGAGUGUUCUGAGUGUGGAAAGAAAUUUACCCAAAACAGUAGUCUAACCCUUCACAGAAAGAGGCUGCAUGCAGACAGCAAACCUUUUUCAUGUACAAAUUGUGAGGAAAGCUUCAUAUCCAAAUUUCUGCUGCAAAAGCAUGAAAAAACACAUGUAGAGGAGAGAUCAUUUGAGUGUACAGAGUGUGAAGAGAAAUUCACCAACAAAAAGGGCCUGAAAUCACACACCUUGAAGUAUCACACCUCUGUCUCAGCCAGCAGACCCAGGCCGAGAUUAACUGCUAAUGGGCACCAGACUAGGACGAGUCUUGGGUCCUCGUCACUCCCUGACGUUGGCUUGAAGGCAAAGACCAAGAGCUUCCCCACAUCAAGCCAACUACUACGGCAUGCUCAGAAGCUGGGGUUCUCGUUCGAUGACAGGGAAGAGAGGAAGGCAUUUUCGCCAAAGAGUGAACCUGAGGAGGAUGAGCAAAAUUUGCCAGAGACCUAUGAGGAGGAUGGGCCUGGAGGACCAUCAAUCUAUAUUCGUGUGAAAGAGGAGGAUACUGACAUUGAUCAAGAGGAAAUUUAUUGUGAAUAGCAAUAGGGAAUAAGAUAAAGAGACUAAAUGGAUGACUGUAUAUGUUUGGCUUGAAUGGAGAGAGGCAGGUAUUUAUAUAUUUUUAUUUCAAAUAUUUUGUAUAUUGAUUUUUUUCUUCUUUUUGCUUUUAGUUUAUUUCUAUAUGCCUAAGAUUUCUUUUCUCUUUAUAGAUUUCAGAGUUAAUCACAUGCUUUUAGGUAACAAAUGAAUUUAUAUAACUAUUUAUUGUAGCCAGCCAUGGCAUAUAUGUAUUGCAUAACAAUAAUAAAAUAUUGUGAUACCAGUCAUCACCACUUUUCUCUCCAUUGCUUCAAUGUAAAGAAUUAAAGGAAGAGAAUAAGUUAUUGGUUGAAUAGUUUAUGGUAUAGAAGUCGGCAGUUGGACCAGUGCAAUGUCAUCAAUGCUUUAGAGUUUUGUACGUAAGGAAGAAUUUAUUUUUUGAAGGGACAUUAUUUGAGAUUGACUUAAAAUGAAUUAGUUUCCUUGUGUAAUUAUAAGACAAAUGAUUUAUAUAUUUGAUAUUUUAAUUUAUUUGAAAAGGUAGAUGUUUAGGAUGAUAAAGACUAGAGUUUUGUAUGUUAGUAAUAUAUGCCAAAAGAGUGGAAAUUGAAUAGUCUUCACACAUUCGCAUGUGCACACACACACACACACACACACACACACACACACACACACACACACACACACACACACACACACACACACACACACACACACACACACACACACACACAA